AUGGCCGCCCGUCGGUCUUUGGCCCGAACCAUCCCCGCUCUCCGCUCCGCUCCCCGCACGCCUCUCGUCGCCAGGGCUGCUUCCAGUGCCCGGUCUUUGACCACCGCCACCACACCAAUUGCCCGUCUAUCUUCUCAGCAGUCUGUUUCUACUCCCGGAGCCAUGUCUGCUGCUCGGCGCUUGCACGCUACUGCGAAGCAGUUCACCCCCGCAACCACCUCGGCUGCUAGCACUGCUACUGAGUACCCGACGGACCACCAGCCGAUUGCCAAACCUAUCGACACCACCAACUUCAUUGACAACGAGUUUGUCACUUCCAAGGCUACCACUUGGAUUGACCUCCACGAUCCCGCCACUAACAACCUCGUGACCCGUGUGCCCCAGAGCACCGAUGAAGAGCUCAAGGCUGCCGUUCAGUCGGCGGAGAAGGCCUUCCCCGCCUGGCGGGCAACCAGCAUCAUGGCCAAGCAGCAGAUUCUGUUCAAGUUCACCAACUUGAUCCGUGAUAACUGGGACCGACUCGCUGCUUCCAUCACCCUGGAGCAGGGCAAGACUUUUGCCGAUGCCAGGGGUGAUGUUCUUCGCGGUCUGCAGGUCGCUGAGACUGCCUGCGGUAUCACUACUCAGAUGACCGGCGAGGUCCUCGAGGUGGCCAAGGACAUGGAGACCCGCAGCUAUCGCGAGCCUCUGGGUGUCGUGGCUGCUAUCUGUCCCUUCAACUUCCCCGCAAUGAUUCCCCUGUGGUGCAUUCCUAUCGCCACCGUUACCGGUAACUGCUUGGUGAUGAAGCCUUCCGAGCGCGACCCCGGUGCUGCUAUGAUCCUGGCUGAGCUGGCCCGCGAGGCCGGAUUCCCUCCCGGUGUCAUCAACAUCGUCCACGGUGCUGCCCGUACUGUUGACUUCAUCCUCGAUGAGCCCGCUAUCAAGGCUAUCAGCUUCGUCGGCAGCAACCGUGCUGGCGAGUACAUCUUCUCCCGCGGCUCUGCCAACGGUAAGCGUGUCCAGGCCAACCUGGGUGCUAAGAACCACGCCGCUGUCCUGCCCGACUGCAACAAGAACCACGCUCUUAACGCUAUUGUCGGUGCUGCCUUUGGUGCUGCCGGUCAGCGCUGCAUGGCUCUGAGCACUGCUGUCAUGGUUGGCGAGACCAAGGAGUGGCUCCCCGAGAUCGCUGAGCGUGCUAAGGCUCUUAAGGUUGACGGUGGUUUCGAGGAGGGUGCCGAUCUCGGCCCCGUCAUUAGCCCCGAGAGCAAGAAGCGCAUUGAGGAUCUCAUUGCCAGUGCUGAGGCUGAGGGUGCCACCAUCCUUCUUGAUGGCCGCAACUACAAGCCCGAGAAGUACCCCAACGGCAACUUUGUCGGCCCCACCAUCAUCACCAACGUUACCCCCGACAUGAAGUGCUACAAGGAAGAAAUCUUCGGACCCGUCCUGGUCUGCCUGAACGUCGAAACCCUCGAUGACGCCAUCAACAUGAUCAAUGCCAACGAGUACGGCAACGGCGCCGCCAUCUUCACUCGCUCUGGCUCCACUGCCUCCCGCUUCCAGAAGGACAUCGAGGCCGGCCAGCUGGGCAUCAACGUCCCCAUCCCCGUGCCACUUCCCAUGUUCUCCUUCACCGGCAACAAGAAGAGUAUCGCCGGUGGCGGUGCUAACACCUUCUACGGCAAGCCUGGUCUGCAAUUCUAUACCCAGCAGAAGACCGUGACUAGCUUGUGGAGGGCCGAGGAUGCUGUUAGCACCAAGGCUAGCGUUGUCAUGCCCACGCACUCGUAA